AUGACUCGUAAGCCUUGGUUGGCAACUGAUCUAAAGGACUGGAACCUUAACAAGAAAUCCACUGGCCCUCCAGGUUGGGGGUUGAGCACAAGACCAACUAUCUCGUCUCAUAAACAAAAAAUUGCAGUUACGGAAACAAGGACAAGAAAAAACUUUACUCAUCUCGUAUUAAGAUCAGAGUACCAGCAGACAUCUACAAGUAUGAAUGAUGUCAGUGAAAGCCUAACGGAAGCUGACAACAUGAAAAGUAUUUUGAGCACGAGAACAAAACUAAAAAUUGGAUGCUGGAAUGUAAGAACAAUGUAUGAAACAGGAAAACAAGCGCAAUUCAUCAGAGAAAUGAGAGCGUACAAACUCCACCUGCUAGGUAUUAGUGAAUGUCGAUGGACUGGAUGUGGUAAAAAAUCUACAAGUACAGGUGAAACAAUUGUGUAUUCUGGUAGAAACGAUGAAAAACAUCAAGCAGGAGUAGCUAUUAUAAUGAGCAGAAACGUAACAAAGGCCAUGAUAGAGAAUGCCCCUGUAAACGAAAGAAUAAUAAGAGCUCGCUUCCAAGCAAGGCAAGGAAAACUAACCAUCAUUCAAUGCUAUGCUCCAACAAAUGAAGCAGAGGAUAAAGUGAAAACAGAUUUCUAUCUAGCUCUACAAUCUGAGAGAGAAAAAGUACCAAAACAUGAUGUUACAAUAGUGAUGGGUGAUUUGAACGCCAAAGUUGGAAAUGAUAACACCGGGAACGAAAGAGUAAUGGGAAAAUAUGGGUGUGGCAAGAUCAACAACAAUGGAGAACGUUUAGUGGACUUAUGUGGUGCUAAUAACUUAGUAAUAGGGGGUACUAUCUUCCCUCAUAGAGACAUACAUAAGCUGACAUGGAUUUCCCCAAAUGGUAGAGACAAAAACCAAAUAGACCAUAUCAUCAUCAAUGGAAAGUGGAAAAGAUCGCUGCAAGGUGUACGUGUUAUGAGGGGUGCAGAUGUUGCUAGUGACCACCAUCUAGUAAUUGCAAGCAUCAAACUGAAACUUAAAAAGCUGUCUUCUUAUGUAAAUGUGAAAAGGAAAUUUGAUGUUGGUAAAUUGCAAGAUCCAAAAAUCCAGCAAGAGUUUAAACUGGAAAUAAAGAACAGGUUUCAGCUAUUAGAAAACCUCACGACUGACGACACAACCACAAUAUCAGUCACUGAUGAAUGGCAGCACAUACAUGAAAUCUACACUCAAGCCAGUAAAAAGUUACUAGGAUUCAAAAGACAAGUACACAAAGAAUGGAUAACACCUGAAACUUGGAAAUUGAUAGAUGAAAGAAAAGAAGUGAACAACAAAAUUUGUCAAACACAUUCUUAG